AUGUCCCUUAAAAGUUCAGCUUCCAGCUUCAUCUCAAAGAUCGAGGUCUUCCGCGUGCCUCCACGCUGGCUCUUCGUGCGCAUUGAGACAGCCGAUGGAUUCGUUGGCUGGGGAGAAUCCACCCUGGAAGGACACACCGAAGCAAUUGAAGGCGCUUUCGCUGAUCUCGCACAGCGUUUCCUUGGUUGGGAUGCAGAUGGUAUCGAAGAUAUCUGGCAGACCGCAUACCGCGCUCGGUUUUAUCGUGGUGGACCUGUCUUAAUGUCAGCUCUCUCUGGCCUUGACAUUGCGCUCUGGGAUAUCAAGGGCAAGAAGCUCGGAGUUCCUGUGUGGCAGCUUCUAGGUGGUAAAGUCAGGGAUCGUGUUCGUGUGUAUGGAUGGAUUGGUGGCGACCAUCUGAGUGCUGUCCGUGAAGCAGCACGUGAGCGCAAAGAACAAGGAUUCACUGCUGUAAAGAUGAAUGCCACUGAGGCUCUCGCGUGGCUUGACUCCCCCGAACUCUUAAAAGGGACAGUGGAACGCGUACGUGAAGUUCGCGCGUUAGGGAUGGAUGUUGGAGUGGACUUUCAUGGACGGGUACACAAGGGUAUGGCUCGCCAGCUCGCCAAGCUUCUUGAGGGCGAGGGUGUCUUGUUCAUUGAGGAACCCCUUUUGCCUACUCAACCUUCGGAAUUUGCGGACCUUGGGCGUCUCGUCUCCACUCCUAUUGCUGCUGGGGAGCGGCUCUACUCACGACAUGAAUUUCGCCCUUACUUCGAAGGACAUGCGCUAGAUGUCGCACAACCGGACGUCUCCCAUUGCGGUGGAAUAUCGGAGUUGGCACGUAUCGCAUCUAUGGCAGAAACAUACGAUGUCGCACUUGCCCCGCACUGUCCGCUGGGACCAAUUGCUUUAGCCGCAUGUAUUGCCGUUGGCGUGUCGAAGCUCAAUUAUUUCAUUCAAGAAAUGAGCUGGCAGAUGCAUUAUAACAGCGAUGAUGCAGACCUCUUCACGUAUCUUGCAGAUCCGAGUGUGUUUACUGUGAAAGACGGCUAUGUCACAACUCCCAGUGGACCCGGAUUGGGUAUCGUCAUCAACGAGGAACUGGUGCGUACUCGUGCCAAGGAACAUAGUCAAGCUGGCGUUGAGGCAUGGCGUAACCCGAUAUGGAGGGGAGAGGAUGGAAGCAUCAGGGAGUGGUAA